CCUCCUUAGCCAACCAAUCCCAUCCAUCUCAGAAGAAACACCCCCCACUUUCUUUUUUUUUGUUUUGUUUUGUUUCAUUUUGUUUUAUUUAUUUUUCUGAAUUUCUCCAUUCAUUCACUCUUCCCUUUAUUCCUCCUCCUCUUCCCCCCCAUCCACAAAAACUCCUCAAAACCCAUCUCCCCUCUCUAUAAAUUCCCCAAAACCCAUUUCUUAGAAACCCAAAUCCUCAAACACUACAAAAAAAAAACCAUUGUUUUUUGUCUUCUUUUCCUGAAACCAUCAAUUGUUGAUAGAAAAAAGAAAAAAAAAAAUGAAAGAGUAUUGGACUUCUCUAGCUUCCUUACUAGGAGUUUUGGCCUUCUGCCAAACUCUCCUCCAAACCGUUUUCCCACCGGAGCUCCGUUUCGCUCUGGCCAAGCUCUUCAACAAAAUCUCACACUGGUUCUCCUCCUACUGCUACUUCGACAUAACGGAGAUCGACGGCGUCAACACCAACGAGCUCUACAACGCCGUCCAGCUCUACCUCUCCUCCUCCGUCUCCACCUCCGUCAGCGGGUCCCACUCCCGCCUCAGCCUCACCCGCGCCGUCAACUCCUCCGCCGUCACCUUCGGCCUCUCCAACAACGACUCCAUCCUCGACGUCUUUAACGGCGUCACCGUCGUCUGGGAACACGUCGUCACCCAACGCCAAACCCAAACCUUCUCAUGGCGGCCAUUACCGGAGGAGAAGCGAGGAUUCACUCUCCGAAUCAGGAAACGAUACAAGUCUCUGAUCCUCAACUCCUACCUCGACUUCAUCAUGGAAAGAGCCGGCGACAUUCGUAGAAAAAACCAGGACCGUCAUCUUUACACCAACUCCCGCGGGGGGUCCCUCGACUCGCGGGGACACCCGUGGGAGUCGGUGCCGUUCAAGCACCCGAGCACUUUCGAAACUCUGGCGAUGGAUCCGAUCAAGAAAACGAAGCUGAUGGAAGAUCUCAACGAUUUCGCCAAUGGCGAGAAGUUUUAUCAGAAGACCGGGAGAGCUUGGAAACGAGGAUAUCUUCUGUACGGACCUCCCGGGACCGGAAAAUCGAGCAUGAUCGCGGCAAUGGCGAAUUAUUUGGGGUAUGACAUAUAUGAUUUGGAGCUUACUGAAGUUCAUACUAAUUCCGAGCUGCGGAAGCUUCUGAUGAAAACGAGCUCGAAGUCGAUCAUCGUGAUCGAGGACAUCGAUUGCUCGAUCAAUUUGACAAACAGGAAGAAAAACCACGGGCCUAUGCAUUCUCGCAAUGUCAACUCUUCGAAUUGCUACGAUGCCGCUGCGGCGGCGGCCGAGCAAAUGAGGGGCGAGGGCGACGGGAACGUUGGCGGGAACUCAAUCACGCUGUCGGGGCUGCUGAAUUUCACGGACGGGCUGUGGUCGUGCUGCGGGAGCGAGAGGAUUUUCGUGUUCACGACCAACCACAUUGAGAAGCUGGACCCGGCAUUGCUGCGGAGCGGGAGAAUGGACUUGCACAUCUUCAUGAGUUACUGCUCAUUUCCGGCGUUGAAGAUUUUGCUGAGGAAUUACUUGGGGUGCAAGGCCGAUGACUUGGACGGCGACGUCUUGAGGGACUUGGAAAGUGUGGUGGACGAGGCGGAGAUGACGCCGGCCGAUGUGAGCGAGGUUUUGAUUAAGAAUCGGCGCGAUAGGGAUCGGGCGGUGAGGGAAUUGCUCGAGACGUUGAAGGUGAGAGCGGAAAAGAAUAAGCGGAGGAAGAAGAGGAGUAAAAAGCAGAGCAUGAGUGAGGAAGAGGAGGAGGAGGAGGAAGAGGAAGAGCAAGAGAAGAGGGCUUUGGAGAGUCCUAAUGGUAAGGAAGGGUUUAGUUUUGGUGGGCAAUUUGAGAAAAGUUGUGAGAAAGUAGAGAAUGAUCAUGAAGAGGAAGAGGAAAAGGAAGAAGAAGAGGAUAAGAAAGAGAAGUGAAAGAGUGAAAUGAGUUUUUGUUUAUUAUUUAGUGUCAUGUUUUGACAAUCAUAAUAUGAUGUGUUUGAUCUGUUCUUGAUC